CCAUAGGAUGGAUUUGAAAGUUAAAUCAGUUCCAGCAUUGGUCACAAGCACAAGGACAACGCCAGCGCUUAAAUCAUUGAAAACCCAGCACUCUGUAACUGAUGUUGGGGUUGAAGUUGAACCUCUGGAAAAAGUCGUCGAUGCCUGAAAAUAAUUAGUCCAAUGCCUUUUUCUAUAUGUAAAGAAUCGCGUAGCUUCUGAUCUGACUGAAGAUUUAGCUGCCCAGACUAUGAUACUCAACCUGUCUCUCGUUUCUUUUCUGCCUUGAAACGUGAACCUCGCACUGCAAAUCAUGCCAUACAACAUUUCGCCUGGGAUGUGGGAUGCUUGAACUUGCAAUCAUUCAUGAGAAAAUUUCUCCUCUUACUUGUUUCAAAGCCUUCUCACCGGCCAAGAACGCCUGGCACUUACCAUGUGUUCACAUCUCCUAAAAAACGUGCUCAGCCCUAAUCUCAUUCCCAAGUGUUUGCCUUAUAAGAUGUCCCCGCACGAUCAUCUCUUGAACGCUGAACUGCAAACCCCGUUUCUUACAGUAAUACCACAGAGAUGAAGAGGUCGAAGAUUACCAUGUGCGUUGAAGAACUCACGGUGCGCAUCGGAAGAGACAGGAGCUUUCAUGUCACCACGACCAUAAUUUUCUUUCUGUCUAUGGCGUUUUUCACAAUUGCUUUCGGGAUGUACAUUCACGAUCACGUAAAAAGGCUCGUUAUUUCAGAUGAAUCCUAUUCUGCUCAACUGACUCCACUUCUUACAUUGGCACCCACUUCAGUGUUUUCGCUAUUCAAUCUUUCAUUGGCCGCUUCUUCACCGAUCCCAUUUGAACGUGCAAUUGGUCGGGUGGGUCCAAAGACAUUAUGGCAUUCAAUGAGUGAUGAGGAACUUGCAUGGCAAGCCUCCAUGGUGCCCCGUAACCUAGAGUAUCCUUACAAUCGGACACCGAAGGUGGCGUUCAUGUUCUUGAGCAGAGGGAGACUGCCUUUAGCUCCUCUUUGGGAGAGAUUCUUCAAGGGACACGAGGAUCUCUAUUCAAUCUACCUGCACAUGUCGGUGGACCUCAGCAAUGACGAAAUGCCGGAGACGUCAGUGUUUUACAAGCGCAGAAUACCAAGCAAGCCAGUUCAAUGGGGAAGGGCAAGCAUGAUCGAUGCCGAGAGGCGCCUCCUGGCUAAUGCCCUGCUUGACUUCUCCAACGAGAGAUUCGUGUUACUCUCGGAAACGUGCAUUCCUCUUUUCAACUUCACCACGGUCUACAGCUACCUCAUCAACUCUAAUCAGAGCUUCCUUGGCUCGUUUGACGACCCUAGGCCCGUGGGAAGAGGCCGAUACAACAAACGGAUGUGGCCCACAGUGUCGUUGUCCGAGUGGCGUAAAGGCUCUCAAUGGUUCGAAGUCCAACGCAGGGUCGCUGUCGACAUAGUGUCUGAUGUCACGUACUACCCCGUGUUUCGGGACCACUGCAAGCCCCCUUGUUACAUGGACGAACAUUACUUGCCGACCCUUGUCACUAAAGUUCGCCUAGGCGCAAACUUGAACAGGAGCAUCACUUGGGUUGAUUGGUCCAGAGGCGGUCCACAUCCCACGACAUUUACGAGGGCAGACAUGUCUCGGGUGUUCUUGAAUAGGAUAAGACAUGGAUUUAAUUGUACUUACAAUGGCAUCACGACCUCGAUUUGCUUCCUUUUCGCUAGAAAGUUUCAUCCAAACACUCUUCAGCCUCUCCUCAAGAUAGCUCCCCCAUUGCUUGGCUUUAUCCCAUAGAACAGGAUAACAUAGCAGUGUCAAAUGGAAGACUGGACAUGACUUAUGAGGAGCAGGCGUGUUUUCUAGAACUCUCACUGACCAGCUGAACCGUCCUCAAUGGAGUAACAAACAGUAGUGGCUACAAACUUGAUAAGAGAAAUGAUUACAAGUUGGCUCAAGAUCAAAUACAUAAGAUUGAACUCUGGUCUGAUAGCAACAAACAAAAGUCAUCUAGGGAGACGUUGACCUUAACAUUGGUCCUUUGAUGUCAACCUCAGGCUUUUCGGUGAUAAAUGGCGAAAUGCAGCAGACGACAUGAUUAUUCCUGUUUGUACAA